GCAACUCGAUGACGUCGACAUGAACGCGACGCUAUACAGACCAGUGUUUCAAACGUGUGAUUGACCUGUUUCUGUUUUCCGGCAUGAAAAUCGCCCUGUGAAUCGCCCUGUGAUGUUUUCAUAGACAUGCUGGACUGAAGACUGUUGAUUCGUCAUCUCAUAGAUUUACUCUGUUCACUCAUGGAGGAUGGCUGAUCAUCAGAUCGAUGACCCAAAGAUUGCAUUCGCUUACCUGCGUCCCUCCUGCGUCUUACUGACCAAAGAGCCUACGCUGUCCAAUAUAGAGGCUCUAAACGGCCACCUGCGUGAUGUUAGCGAUGGCGUCCUCCAGCUGCUUCAGGAUUAUGUCCUCUUCCCUCUGCGCUUUGUCCUCAAGACCCCUGGGGCCAAGCGUGAGGGCAUUGUGCAAGCUGUCAUGGAUGCCAUGACCUAUGUUCUAGAAAAGACUUGUAUCCAGAACUGGGAAUCUCUACGUGACCUAUUUUCUGAACUUUGCCUUUGCCUCUGCUGUCCAAAAGAUCCCGGAAAGCCAGCUCCGUCAUCAGAGGAGCUGAAGUUAGCAGUGCUACGAUGUCUGAAUGCUCUCAUGCAUUCUGCAUACGGAGAUGUGGUUUACAGGAUGUACGAACCUGCGAUGCUUCCUGGACUGGGAGCUGCUGUGUCGCUGCUCUUGGCUUUGGCAGAGCAAGAAAAAGCGAGAGGAGUGCAGGUAGCAGCAUUGAAGUGCCUCCUGUCUCUGUUCCUGCAGUGUGACUGCCAACAAACGCAUGUGGAACCAGAAGAAGAGGAAAAAAACUUGCUUGGAAGUACGUUGGCUUCAUUCCUACCAGGGAUUACUCGAGCCUUGAGUCAUGUGAUUAGCGGAGACGUGAGACAAGGGCAUGAGGUUAUGGUGAAAGCCAUGAGGGUUUGGUACACCACAGUGGGCCUGGUUAUGGCAGACAAACAGCUUCAGAACCAUAGCACAGUCAGUGAGGGCUCACGCGAGUUGGGUCGGAUUGCUGAGCUGGUGGUGAAAAGGACCCCGUCUUGGAGCAAGUCCACCUCUCAGAGACUUGUGUUGGCACUGCAGAAAGUGAUCUCUUCUACGACAGCACACCAACACUGGAGAGUACGAUUGGAACUGGUCAGUCUUUCAGAUCAUCUUCUUACCCAGUGCAGCAAAUCUUUACCUGAAUGCAUUGGUCCUCUUCUAGAGGCUUUGGUUGGUGCUGUCGGUGAUGAGGAACCUCGUGUUAAAGAGCGAUGUUCAGCAGUACUGGCUGAGGUAUCUAGAAGACACCAAGCUUCAGGAGGUCAAGCUUUAACCGACGUCCUGUCUGAAAACUUGCACAGCUUGGUAUCUUCUCUACCUCGACUCAUGAGAACAACAGACGACAAGCGUAAACUCUUUACUCUCACUGUCUUUCUGGGGUACCUGAAGAUUCUUGGUCCACAAGUGGAUUUGGUCUUGACCUCAGCAGUUCACCUUCAGCGUAUCUCCAAAGCGUUAAUGCAGGUGCUCGAGUUGGAUGUCACAGAUGUCAGGAUCGUAGAAGAAAGAAGGUUUGCACCAUUAUGCGCCGACUUGGCACCCGAUGCCCCCGAGGUGCAGCACCAGAGGAAGUACUUUCUUUAUUUUACAGAUGACAAGAUCUUCUCAGCUCUGAAGCAGGUCUGCCAGAUGUUGGGGCGUUAUGGAAAUCUUUAUUUACUGGUGGACCACUUCUUGGAACUCUACAAGGAGUCAUCGGUUUAUCGCAAACAAGCUGCUCUGGUGCUCAAUGAGGUCAUCAGCGGGGCAGCAGGAGUUGGGAUGGAAACGGAAAGUUCGGAGAUUUCCAGAAUAAGUCACGAGGACCUGAAAUGUGCGAUCACUUCCGUUAUUGAGGAAUACAUCAGUUUGAAUAACUGGCAUCUCACAACUGUAAUGGAUGACUCAGAUGUUGAAGAGCAGGAGAAACGUCAUUCAUCAGUCCCCUCUAUUUUAACCCGACUUGAUGAAAAUGGACACCAACUCAUGCCAGCGUUCAAUUCCAAAACUCCGACACUCCACCAGCUGAACAGCAACAUUUGGCAGAUCUGCAUCCAGCUGGAAGGGAUCGGUUCCUUUGCUUUAGCUCUGGGCUCCGAUUUCCGCCUGUUUCUGAUGACGUCACUCUACCCGGUGCUGGAGAAGGCAGGAGAUACUUCACUACUGAUCAGCCAAUCAGCUUUGAGUGCCAUGCAUGACCUUUGUGUGGCUUGCAGUUACAGCUCGCUCAAGGAGCUGGUGAUCAGGAAUGCAGACUACCUGCUGAACGACGUCUCCCUGAACCUGAGCAGACCCAGUGUUCACCCUCACGCCCCACGAGUUCUGGCCGUCAUGUUCGCUCACUCCGAUGCCACUCUGCUGCCCCUAGUGGCUGAUGUGGUGCAGGACGUUCUCACAGCUCUGGAUCUGAGCUACGACCAGAGAUCACGGCAGUUCUGUAUAGUCCUGCAUGCGCUAAUGAAGGCUCUGGUGAGGUGGUUUAACAGCAGCACUACAGACCUCAGACAGACCUCCACAGCCAGUAAACACACCCCGAAUCCUGAGACGCUGAACCUACGCCAGUUUCUGUUGGAUUACAGAAAGCAGAAGGAGUUGGCCGAAGGGAUCGGCGCAGAGGAGAAGGAGGAGUCAGGUGAUGCGGAAGCGCCUCCUGCAGCAGCGGCUCCUGAGGUAAAUGAGGAAGACGAGGAUCAGGAGGAAGAACCUGACGUGAAAGCAGAGCUGCCCUUACACGUGACUCUCACUAAGGACGUGAUGGAGCGCUGUGUUCACCUGCUGUCUCACCCCAACCUGGGAGUACGACUAAAGGUGUUGGACAUUGUAGAGCUGUGUGUGUCUGUGUUGUCUGAGAUGGAGAAUGAGCUCUUACCCAUGGUGCACCGCUGCUGGCCGGCGCUUCUUCAGCGCCUCACCAACGAUGACCCACUUGCAAUACCCCGAGCUUUCAGGGUGUUGUGUGUCUUGGGUGAGACGUGUGGCGACUUCCUGAGGAAGCGAGUGUCUAAAGAGGUCCUGCCUCGGCUCACGUCAUCACUUUCACAUCAGGCUGAGACGAGUGCUCGCUCCGGGCCGAUGUACACACACACUCUCGCAUACAAGCUGCAGCUAGCUGUGCUACAGGGACUCGGACCUCUGUGUGUGCGUCUUGACUUGGUGGACUCAGAUCUGGACCGUAUCAUCGAAGCCUGUCUCCCGUACCUGAGCUGCAGACAGCCAAUCAGAUUACAGGAAGCUUGCCUCAGUGUUUUCCGCUACAUGAUGCAGCUUGACCCGGAUGCGUGCUGGUUCACACUGAGCGAGCUGUGCUGUCCCGCGGCGUACGAGCUGCUGUUCCCCGUGAAGCUGAGCGGGAUGAGCCGAGCGAGGAGCGAAUACACACACAACGUUCUCACACUGCUGCGUGAACUCCAGCCAGAGCUAAAUCCUCACGCUAGCAUUGAUUAACAAGUCACACUUUUCAUUCGUUUACAGUUAGCAUCAACUCCUCGGUCCUGUAGACUUGAAACUGACACUGGAGACUCCUUUCUUAAAUCUUUUAAACGAAAAUCACCAUAUUAACAAUCAGGUUUUUUUUUUUUAUCAGUCCCUGUGAACGAGCUGUUACUAUAGUAAUAACAGAUAGCGUAUUAGCAUAACAAUGGCGUUCAUAUAAACUUGUGUACGAUGCCGUUAUAGAAAAUGAAUCUACACUUUCUGACCAAUCAGAAUCCAGGAUUUGACAGCACUGUGCUACAAAUAUCAAAUAAAAAAAAACCAGGCUGGAGUGAAACACACAAUAUUUCUAAGAUGCGGUGUAAUAUUUCUAAGAAUGCUGCCACAUGCUAAUGUGGAUACAUAACGAAUCUGCCAAGAACGCUAACGACAACCUGGUAGUGAUAGCAAUAUUAGCAUUUUCAGGUAGAAUUUAGUUAAUCAAAAAGGUUCCCUAUUCCAUAAGUGCACUAAAUAUGUACCAUACAUAGUGAGCGCCUAGGAAGGAUUUGGGGAUUUAGCCGUUAGCCCUGUGAGACAGGCGAGAAAGUAUUUUGUAUGUAUAUAAAUGCUAAUAUUUUGUCCAGUUGCAUGUAUGUUUUAUAAUAAACCUUUGAAUUCUUUGGGUCUAUUUAUUUC